AUGUUUCGUUUUUGGAGCUCCGAUCCUAGGGGAAGCGAGCAGCCUGCAGAAACGCCAAAACUCCCGUUGGACGCGCGCCAACACCUGGACGCUACAUCAGAACUGUCGUCGCAAAACGGCCCCGGCAGCCCGGCUCCCAAGCGGAGCUGGGAUGCCUUUGACGACUCCAGUGAAGCAUCAUCGGAUGUCUCUUUGAGUAAGCGAGUGAAGCUGCACUCUGACACCCUCGACUCAGCUUCCGUGUCGUCAUGCGACGACUCAUCGUCUUCUGUCGGAGGUGGUGGCAUGGAUCGUGCGCGCGACAUCAUCAGGCACCAAAUAGGCCUCGAGGUGCUCCUCAAGCAUGACGAGUUGAGACUUAUCAAUCAGGAGCUCGCCAAAUGCCAAAUAGCGCUGGAACAAUUGCGCAGAUGUCACCUGAUUCCGUACCCUCAAUACUGUCCGACCCCAGACCAGAUGCUUGACAUCAGCAGUGGUAAGGGUCCUGCAGCUAUUACUCGAUUCGGAGAACCAGUUCCUCAGUGGGCACCGCCAUUUGGCGUUGUGGACGGCCCAUACGCACGCCAUUACGCGAAGUGGCUCAUUCCCGAUCCCUCCUUCGAUGGUGAACAGCCAGAGUGGCAGUUCACCCCAGAGUUCGCGCGCGCACGAGUGCCCUUCAACGAGGGCAGAACGACGAGGAACAGUUUCACGGAAACCGGGCCGGCUUCCAAGGGGAGACCAGUUCGCGGCAACGCAGGCCAGAAACUUCAAGCUUUGUCGAGCGGAUAUCCUCAACCCAAGGACAAGGCUGGUCCUUGUAUCCUGAAGCGAUCCGAUGGCCGAACUGUCAAGCUAGUUUGCCUGGACUGCAACCGUGAAAACUUUUCCAGCACUCAAGGCUUUAUAAACCACUGUCGGAUUGCUCACAAGCGAGAUUUUAAGAGUCACGAGGAAGCUGCCGUCCAGAGCGGACACCCUAUCGACGUUGGUGAGAAUGGUGGUCCUGGGGGCGCCGGCGCAGAUGACAAGACCCAAGCCAGCAGUAACGUCAACAACAACCCGUCGUUUUCCACGCAUGUGCAUCCCUUUGCCCGGCAAGACAUGUCUGAACAACAGGCGUACGUUGCACUGCGCUCGCGAAUUGCCGACUCACUCAAGCUGUAUCACCAAGGUAAGCUUCCUGGUGUUGGCGCAAUUCCUUCAAGGACCACUGGUGUGAACGCACCAGUUACCAGGAAGUCAAGGGCUGCCGCCACCAAGUUCAAUCCUGCCACCGAGACCCCGUAUCUGUCUCGUCUGAUGAAGAGCCGCAACUUCAAUGGCAACCUUCGUGAUCUCGUUGCAGACGCCAAGACCAAGAUUUCCAUCGAAGACAUGACACCCGACGAGGAAUCCGACGACACGGGCACUCCCAUUACUGCCUUUGACGGACCAAAUGAUGCUGCUCCUGCCCGAACUCCUUUUGUCAAGCGUGUACCAGCCCAGAGCGGAAAGACGCCUGCUGCUCCAACCGACUCGCCCACCCACCCAACGAGCAGCAAGAGCCGUGCUCCGCCCAUGUCUCUCGUAUCCCCUCCUGGUUCUAGUCUGGAUGUGAUGUCCAAAUCUGGUUCCGAUGCUGUCUUGUCCGAUGAAGAUUUGGAUAUGGAAGCCAACCUCAGCCCCAACACGCUGGUUAGCAAUAAUGCGCCGUCUCUUGUUAGUGACGACGGAGAGUAUGACGACUCUGAUGACGGAUCUUCCAUAUCCGGUGGUAGUGAUGAACUUGACAACGAGUCUGUGUCUGACGUUGCUGAAAUUACGCUUGACGACGACCAUGACUCGAGGUCUCUGCGCCGCGGUUCCAACGGCGUUUCUGGAACGGUGAGGCUCCGUAAAGACGACGCCAAAAAGCAGCAUGUCACCUUUCUUGGGCCUGUGAAUCGAGCCAAGGAACGAAGAUCGCGCAGAACAUGA